AUGAGCGGCUUGUCCACGACGCCGUCGGCAGCGACUCCUUCUUCACCCGCCGUGCCCCCGACGUCCGCUGAUGUGGCAUCGCGAACAUCCACCACCGCUGGCUCAUCCACCAACAGAGCGCCCUCGACAUCGCCCGCACGCCCCGACAGCCGCAACCUCGACAGCGCCCGCAAGGUCGUCAGGAACGUGUCGCCGGGCUUGCUGGCCCGCAUGAAAUUUCUGAACCAGUCGCAGGAGUCCAACCGCCAAGUGUCGUCGCAGAUUGGGCGGAUUCCCGAGAGUCAGAUCCGCGUGCUCGACGAGUUCCACAAGGAAAAGGGCAUCAACAUUGAGAGAAGAGGCACUGCCUGGGGCAGGAGCGGCAGUCAGGUCGGCACUCCGCUGAUACCGCAGCUGACGGGGGAGAGUGUCCCAGCGCUGGCUUUAGCCAUGGAUCAGAGCCCGCCGCCCGGCUUCGAGAGCGACCGGAGCAGCUUCGUGAGCACCAGCGACCGGGUGCUACCGUCCGACUCUGAGGCCGGCGACACGCUGGGUGAGGACACGCAGAAAUACCGCCUGCCCGACAUCACCAAGACGAAGAGCCUCAGCCAGACCAUCGCCGAGACCGAGAGC